GAAAGCCCAUAUUCAGCAGCCCAUCAAUAACUGGGGCUACCUCUCUGCUCCAAAAACCGUAGUAAAGCUCUCACGGCUUGCUUCUCCUUGUCGGUCGUCGUGCUCCGGAGGAGUUCCUUGCUUCAUUCACUGAUGGCGACUGUGCCAGUUAACCCUAAACCUUUCUUGAACAAUUUAACUGGGAAGCCUGUGAUUGUGAAGUUAAAGUGGGGAAUGGAAUACAAAGGUUAUCUUGUGUCAGUAGAUUCCUAUAUGAACUUGCAGCUGGCUAAUACUGAAGAAUUCAUCGAUGGCCAAUUUACUGGAAACCUGGGGGAGAUUCUGAUAAGGUGCAGUAAUGUGUUGUAUCUAAGGGGUGUAGCAGAGGAUGAAGAAAUAGAAGAUGCUGAUUGAGGAUUGUUAUCUACAAAGCCUUGUGUUUUUUUCCAUACUUUGUAUGCAUUUUGAUGUAGACAGCUAAAUCAGCAUGAAUUAUUGUAAUUUUAUCAAACUUGAAUUAGAUUUAUUAGAUUGUAUGUAUUUAACUCGUCUAAUGUUGUACCAAGAAUUCUACUUUUCCUCUUUAAAA